AUGUGGCAGGAGGAACUUGCCAUGGUGAGAAUGGAGAGAGACAAAAUUAAAAGUCAGAAUGAAGAAAAUGAAAAGAAAUAUCCAAAGGACACGGAAAUUAUGAAAGAAAAGUAUGAUGUUUACAUGACUCUAUUGCGGAAUUUGGAAACAUUAAAUAAAACUGUGUGUCAGUAUGGUGAGCAGCUUUGUGUUCUCACAGCUGAGAAUGCAAUGCUAAAGUGUAAACUGGAGAGUGAAACACAAAACAAGGAAAGACUGGAAGAAGAACUUGCCUCUUGCCAUUCCAGACUGACUGCCGCUACACGUGAUCUUGAUGAAAGUGAGACAUCAAGAAAACACCUAGAGCUUGCUUUCUACACAGCAAGAGAUGAGUGGGAUCACUUACAAGACAAAAUGAAUUUUUACAUGUCGAAUCUAAAAGAAAACAAUGAGAUUCUUUCUGAAAAACUUUCUAAAGCAGAAAGUAAGAUCGAUAGCCUGGAAACGGAGCUCCAUCACACAAGAGAGCUCCUCCGAGAAAAAACGUUUUUAGAAGUUGUACAAAGAGACCUAAGGCAAACACAGUGCCAAACGAAGGAAAUAGAACAAACGUAUGACAGUGACCAAAGCAAAGUGAAUCCACACAUGGGCAAGCAGGAAUCUCUAGAGCAGAGAUUCUGUGAACUACAAAGAGAAAAUAUGUUGCUUCGACAGCAACUACAUGCUGCUCACAACAAAGCUGCCCAGAAAGACGAGACAGUAACCAAUAUCCAGGACCAGCUUCAGGAUAUUGUGAAACAAAGUCAAGCUGACAGUGACAAGCAAAGUCUGCUUCUAGAAGGAAAACUUCAGGAGCUCACCAAUGAAUGUGAUCGUUUAAAAGAAACAAUGUGUCAUUUGGAAAAAGAAAGAACAAUUGAUCGACAAAAACAAGCACUGGAAUUUCCAUGUUCAAAAUGUGGACGUCAAUAUGCAAAGAAUCAAGUUGUUCAGCCGGAAUCGUUACCUAAGGAAAUAAUCCAAGAAAGAUAUGAGAAAUUACAGACAAAGAAUAUGAGGUUGAAGCAAGCAAUAGUAGACCUCAAAAAUUACAUGGAAAGGAAUAUGGUAGACCGUCAUCAAGCUGACCAGUAUAAAUGGGAGAUUAAAGCAAAAGCCGAACAGACUGUUGCAGAACAAUUCAAAAAAAUCAAUCUGUUUUUGCAGGCCUAUGCAGCACAACGAGAUAAGAGACAAGAAUUAAGAGAGAAAGAAGUGGCUGCAGUAAAGCAUGAGAUGGAACUGAAAGUUAAAUUUCUCGAAUCUAAACUCCACAAAAUGAAAAUGUAUCAAGAAUUUAAUAAUGUUGAAUUGCAAAAGAUAAGCUACUCUAUGAAGUUAGAAGGAGAAGCUAAAAAAUCCUUGGCAUGUGGACCAGAAACACUCCACACUUCAUUCCUGCAUCCCUGUGGAAGUGUCCAGAGGCAGGCUGAAACUGUUCACAGAAUAACCAAACCCUCCUCAACUUCUCAGGUUUAUGGCCAAAAUGGGACAGCCAUUUCAGUUCAUAAGCAAUCACUUGACAGAUAACUUCGGACAUACCUACUGCCCAAGGACCCCUGGGACUCCUACGAAGGAUGCCACUACGGUGAGGAGAGAGGAGACCACUCAUCGGUACUACGUGGCAGCGUAGCCUGGCAUCAGGAGGCCUGAGGAUCUGCAGGAUCUUGGGGUUUCACUUUCCACAUCGGUACAAUGAGAAUAAAAUGGCACCUGACUGCAUACCUGGAGAGCGUUUACAGAAAGCAUACUCUAUGCAGGAUGCCUGUGGAGGGGACACCAAGGGCCCGUGUGGGAAAGGACUUGACUGAGGCCUGCUGCCAGCUCUAGGUGCCUUUCACCAUCCCUCCAGCGACUGCAUCCUGGGAAUCCCAAAGCAGGAAUCAACAUCUCUCAAAGGGCUUCUUUAACAAACCAGUUUGUGAAAUGUUUAACUACGGAAAGCCUUACACAGCAUUUGCACUCUUCAUCUGGUUGUGUUUACAUUAAAUCACCUUUGUUGCAAAGAAUAAAAUAAAAUGAAAUUUAAAGUGUUCUGGAAAAUUUGA